AUGGGGCGCCCUUCAGUCGUGGAGCGAUACUUCGCUCAGUGCCAGGCGCACCACACUCCACCACGCCCCGAGCUUAUUGCCGGUUUCCGCGACGGCGUGAUUGAUGUAAACUUGGCGGAGAUUCCAUCUGCCGACAUCCGCCUCUUUACGUGUGCACUCUUGCACACGUCCGCACCAACUGGCGUGGCGCAACUGCCAGCGGUGCCGCCGCACAACUCUUUAAGACAGCGGAGUCGACAAGACGCUGCCUCAGCCAGCAACACUUGUUCUCAGCAAAGCGCAGGAGGCGACUUCUCGCAGACACAGUUCGUCAAGCUGCAUUUCUCUUACCACACCACCUUGCCAGCGGCGCACCUCUCGCGCGGCGCGGCCUCGCCGCCUGCGUCAUCGACAUUGCUCUCCACAAAGAACAAGUCGACACUGCAGUGUCUGCCGGAGGCUGUGGCGCAGGCAGUGAAGGAAAGCGCCGGCACCCUGAGCUCCUUCGCCUGGUGCGACAUGCCCCUCACUACUAUGGCGGCGCGUGGUCGUGAUCCGUUGCCACAGCGAAGAGGCGGUGCCCAAGUGCCGCCGUCGCUGACGCACGUUCUCCCCCUGUGUCAUCGUCUCACCUCCUUGCGCCUGGACAGCGUCCCACUCUCGCAUGCGCAGUUUAUGCAGCUGAUAAUGUUCUCUCCCAAGUCACCUGCUGCGUCGGCGGAUGGCGGCGUGGCGUGGCCAGCGCUGGAGGAGGCGAGCUUCGUGAGGUGCGGGCUGACAGAUACGUGCAAAGUGGGCCUCGUGCACCUCUUACGUGCCGCCGUGACCCUUUCGUCGGGCUCGAUGUGGCAGCGCUCGCUGCGGUGCAGCUACGCGAAUCCAGAUGAUCGUCCGUUGCCGCAGCCAGCCGCUAGCACCUUGCUCCUCGGUUACUCGUCGAUGCGAGGUCUAAAGAGGCUGGAUGUGAGUCAAAACCCGCUGGGUGAUGAGACAGCUCGUGCGAUCGCGACCGCUAUUCCUGGCUCUCCCCUACGCUACCUUAAUGUGUCCAGUACGUCCAUUACCUGGGUGGGCGGCUCCUUGCUAGCUUCGCCGCCGGUGCUGGAGAAUACUGCAAUGGAGCUGGUUGACAUGAGCAACACAGGCAUCAGCAAGAUGUUUGCACACGCCGAGAGUGCUGCCGAGACGAAGAUACUGGCGGAGUCUAGCGUCGUGGCUGGUUUCCGGGUGGUGGCGCGCGGCAUGGGGCAGUUGCUGAUCCUGCGAGAGUCGACGCGCUCGCCUCAGCAGCCGUGGCCCAUGCUCCUCACCACUUCCCCCAUACCACAGCCGUUGCCAGCGCACGCGUCAGGGCUUCCACAAGUGAAGUCCCCCACGCCCACUCCAGCCUGCAUGAUUCAGAGGGAGACGGAGAAUGUGGCACCGCCAGUGUCGACCAAGCCAGCGCCAUUCGUCAACACUGAGGAUCAACAUAGCGCACCACAACUUGCCCAUACCGUAGCUGCUGCUCCGGGGACAGCUGUGAGCCCUUACGGACUCUGGUGGCCCCUACUCACAAGUUGGUACGCUGCCCAAGGCAUCAUUGGCCCCGUAGGUUCAGCCGCUGUCGCGGCAACAGGUAGCUCCGCUGACGCUCCGGGCAAAGGGUACGUACCGGUGCCAGUUCCGUUUCCGAUGUUUGCGCCUAUGCCGAUGGCCUUUACCGCUCCUCACGGGGCGGAUUUCCUCCUCCCCAGGGAGACCCCCGCAGCCUUCACUGCUUCCCCCGCGGUGGGUGCGGUGGCUGAGGGUAAAAAGCCUUGUACAGAGCGAGGAGCGUCCCCAUCUACCCCUGGUGACCCUCCCGACGCAACCCCAGUGCCAUUAGAGCCGUUGCCACCGACGUCCUCUGCAGGUGAGAACAACGACGAGGCGGGUGGCGAGAGUCUCACGGGUGGACUUGUGCAUCCCCUCGACUCUGCGUCGACAGCCUCCGAAACCUCGGCCUGCAGCGCGAGCGCGUCUGAUGGCCUUGUGCACCGGGCGAGCGAGACCGCCGGGGACCGCAAAUUUCUCCUUGGCCUCAUCAGCCGCCUCGAGGCGUACGAGAGCGACAUCGUCGAGCGCCUCGAGACGCAGUACCAGCGAACGACAACGCAGCUGACUUUGCUGGAGAAGGACAUGCGCUUUCGCCUUCAGCAACUCGCCGACACGGAUCGCAAGCAGCAGACGGCAGCAGCAGACCGGCAAGCUGCCUUGCUCGAGGCGCUGGCUGCUCUCCGCACUGAGCCGGGUGCCGUGACUGCGGAGGGCAUGACAGAAGCGAUGCUGCUGCAGCUCAUGCAUCUGAUAGAGGUGGGGAUGGAGAAGGUCCAGGCGGCGUUGGGCGCGGAAGGCGCUGUAGGCGUGAAGAGCGCGAAGGAUGGAGAGGGCAAGGCAUCAUCACCGCUGCUCCGCUCCAGAGAGGUCGCCACCCAUGUCGGUGCGACGACGAUCACGGACCGUGACCUGGUGACGACAGCAAGUCAGCGUCUCAAGGAGCUGGGCUGGUGA